CUCUACAUCUUCCACACGGGGGAGAGCAAGCUGUGUGUAGACAAGGAGUUUGCAGCUUGGCAGGAGGACGUGGAGCUGUCUGGGGGACUCCCUCCUCCUGCUCGACCCACCGUCUUCCGCUGGCCCGGCGGAGGGAGAGACGUCUACUUGGCGGGCUCCUUCGACAGCUGGACGUCUAAAAUCCCACUCACAAAGAGUCACAACGACUUUGUGGCUAUUCUGGAGCUCCCGGAGGGCGAGCAUCAGUACAAGUUCUACGUGGACGGCCAGUGGCUCCACGACCCCAAUGAACCUGUGGUGACGAGUAACCUGGGCACAGUGAACAACCUCAUCCACGUGAAGCCCUCUGACUUUGAGGUGAUGGACGCCCUGCAGCUCGACUCCAUGGAGUCCGUCUCAGACUCAACCGAUGCGUCCAGCUCCCCGCCAGGGCUGUACUCCCAGGAGGCGUUUGUGUACCGUGCUGAGGAGCGUUUCCGCGUGCCACCGAUGCUGCCGCCGCACCUCCUGCAAGUCAUCCUCAACAAGGACACCAACAUCUCGUGUGACCCUGCCCUGCUGCCCGAGCCAAACCACGUGAUGCUGAACCAUCUCUACGCCCUGUCCAUCAAGGACGGUGUGAUGGUGCUGAGCGCCACGCACCGCUUCAAGAAGAAGUACGUCACCACGCUCAUGUACAAGCCCAUCUGAGCCCCCCGCGUGCCAGGUGCCGGCCAUACCGCGGCCCAGCCGCUCGCCUCUGCAAUCGGCGCCUGCCACCCCGCGGCCUGCGGAGGCCAGCCAGGGCCCGGAGGGCCGGCCAGGGCCCAGGUUGAUGGCACCCAAAGUUUUGUGUAUAGAGCUCGAUAAAAAUAAAAUAAAACUACGUCUAUGAUUACCA